GGACCCUGCGCGUGCGUCCGUUGCCAUGACAACACGCCAGCACGCGGAAGCGCUGUAAACAACGCUUACGGAUCUUUAACCGUAAAUACUUUAUUUUUAACUACUUUCUAGACUACUUUUUACCAUAAUAUAUCUAUUGACAGGUUUUAUUUCGACUUUAAAAGAUUUACAUUAAAAUGGCGAGUGUUUGCAAGUCAACCAGCAAAAUCAAUAAAAGAGAAACGAGGCCUCAAUCUCCCUCAGAUAAGAAGCCAGUAAGAGAAGAUGAGAUCUCAUCUUCUGACUCGGAUCCGAUCUCCACUCUCAAUGAACAUGACAUCCAGAAUCUGAGCAUCACAGCACAGGACCUGGAAAGGCUGCGAGUCCCUAAACCCCCUACGGAUUCUGGGAAACCCAAAUCAAUGACCCGGGUAUAUGUCCGUAAAACACGCCCUCCAGACGAGGUCAGCAGGAAGGUUAGGGUCACCGUGGCGAGACCUCUCCCACAGGAUGUUUCUCCUCGGCCUUUCGACUGCACAGGUCCUGGUGGGCCACGGUUUGACACACAGGGGAUGGUCCUACCGCACAGCAUUCUGGGAAGCCUGGAGGAUUUUAAGAGAGAGAUGGAACUGAGAGGUGACACAGAGCUGUUACAGAAGAUCCAGAACCAACAGAAACUUGCGACUCAUCCGGUGGAGCGUGAGAGAAACGACGACCAAUCCAAAAUUGAGUCACAACAAAGCCACGCCCUCCAGCACUGGUACCGGCACAUGGCUGAGCGACGCAGACAGCAAGACUUUAUUUCCCGAUUACUGCAGAAGCCAGUGGGAUAUCUGUUGAUGAAUCAGUCUAGCAGAUUCAGACAGAUUCAGGAACAGAGAGAUCUCAUCAACAGAGGAAAUGGUCGGCACGCGGGCAGUGAGUUCUGGAAUAUUCCCCAGCAUUUUGGAGAUGAGCUGAGUGGAAUAACAGCCACCCUUACUGAAACGGAGAGGGGAAAGCCUCCACCCCUCACUCGCAUUGGACAUCCUCACGCGACACGUCUGGAGUCAGGUAACUUCUUGUGUGAUGAUGUUAACAGCAGCUGGGAUCGGAGUUUGUACCUGCAACAGCGUCGCCUUGAGCUCAGGGAUGCACAGAGAGACAUCAGCUUUAGUCCACCUGACAUUGAUGGGCUGGAGGUGGUUGGCUCAGGUCUGCCCUUCACCUCGACAUCAGUGGGAUCUUCAUCUUUACUGGAUGAGGAAGAGAAGGAGGAAGAAGGGAGUCCUAAAGACCAGAAAGAAAACAUAGAUCCUCUGGCGCUGUAUGAUGAUGUCAUCAUGGAUGUUGAGCUGGUUCCUGCUCUGAGGUUUUGUGGAGAACUAGCUCGCUGGACUGGAACCAAGUCCUCCCACCAGGAACAACGGGGUGUCACAGCGAGGUUAAUGUUUGAGACAGUAACAGGAGAAAGUGUGAGCAAUGAUCUGGAGUUAAAGAAUGAAGGCAGUACUGCCAUUUACUACAGCUGGGAGAAAGUGACUCAACCACAAACACACACUCAACACUUCUACUUUAACAACACUGAAGCUGUGAUAUUACCAGGCAGCACCAAACACAUCACAGUCAUCUUUAAGAGUGCAUCUGCGGGCAUCAUGACUGAAGUUUGGCAACUCAACACACACCCUGUACUGAUGGGCGGAGCUUCACUGCAAGUCACAUUCAGGGGUGUGGCCUUGGACAAGGACGGAACCGCCUACCAGAGAGCAGCACUGGAGAGAAAGCUCCAGCAGAAAGAAGCCAUAUGGUUGUGUAGAUGGAUCAUGAAGGAUGUAGUCAGCGGGAUUUGUACUCCAGACAGGCCAAGCUCACCGGAUGAUCUCUACAUAACAGAAGAGGAGCAAUUCUACACACAAAAUCCUAAUUUGCAGUACCACCGGGAGCCUGUGGAGGCGCUACAGAGGUUAUGGGAGCAGGUCAAUAGGUCAGGGCAGGCGUGGGAUCUGUCUUUGAACACCUUUAGACAGAUGGCGCUGUCCCUGCCUGAGACAGAUGAGCAGACAGAUGGUCCGAGCAAAGAGACGUGCCUGAGUCAAUAUAACUUACUGUUGAGACAGUUACAGCGACCGCAGAUAUACACGUCUCCUUCAAGGCUACACAACAUCAGUCUGCAGUUAUGGAGAGAGCUGGUGGAUGGUUUGGUCAGCGAGUCUGUAAGGUUGAGAGAUACACUGGGACUUCCUGAAAACAAUGUUUGGAGUGACAUCCACACCUUUGAGCAGAUGAAGAAUGAGGAGGCGGAGCUGAAGAGAGGAGGAGGAGUAAACCUGCUGAAAGAUGUGAAGAAAGGAGGAACCAGAGCUGCAGUGAUGGAGGAACGUGGGAACGUGCCGGAGGAGAUAAUGGAUAGAGGAGAGAGAGAAUUUAGCCUUGAUGUUGACACGCACACACAUCAGCUAUACAGACGACUGCUGCAUACACAGGUGUCUGUGCUGAUGAAGAGGAUGAUGGAUUCUCUGUGUGAUCUAUUCGAAGAGGCUCAACAAGACUCUUUCAAAACAUUUGAAUAACCUUCACAUUUCUGUCUGCCUUUAUACUUUUUACAGUAAAUGAACUUCAUGGCAGUUCUGCGAUUAUUAAAGGUCUUGUAGCAUGAAAA